CAAAGUCCUGCUCUGACCAUCUGAGAGGAAGGAUAUCAAGCCUGGAACUGGCACAAGAGACAUACAGCUCAUCAUGAACACAACCCCCUUCCAGGUCUGUGCCUUGUUCCUUGCUGUGGGUGGCAUGACCUGUGUCCUUGUAUCCACGGCAUCCACUAGAUGGAAAACCUCCAGCACUUCCGGCACCCUGAUUACUUCCACCUCCGUGUUUGAAGGGCUUUGGAUGCAAUGUGUGGGCACCUCUGUGGGUUCUGUGCAGUGUAAGAGGUUCUCGUCACUCUUCAGCCUGGCCACUUAUAUCCAGGCUUGUCGUGCUUUGAUGAUCAUCGCUCUCAUCAUGGGCGUCUUCGCUUGUCUCAUCUCCUUGUUUGGACUGAAGUGCACCAAAUUUGGGAGCAGUGAUGAACACACCAAGGGAAAGAUUGCGCUGUCCGGAGGGCUGAUUUUCAUUAUAGCAGGGCUUUCAUGCUUAGUGGCAGUGUCCUGGUAUGCAGCCUCAAUCACCCAAGAGUUCUUUAACCCUCUCUACGGUGGAAUAAAGUAUGAGCUUGGUUCUGCUCUGUAUAUUGGAUGGGCUGGAUCUCUUCUGGCAAUUCUUGGAGGUUCCUUACUGUGUUGUUCAUUCAAGAAGAAGAAAACACCUGCCAAAAAAGGAGGCUACAAAUACAACUACCCAGCAGCACCAGACAGUGACUUUACCCAAUUCAAAGAGAGGAAAGAAACUUCAACUGAAAGAGCUUAUGUUUAA